UAAACACAAUUUUGUGGCCUUGGGACUCAAUUACUGAAUUUUUUUCGCAUUUAAGUUUUAACACUGAAAGUAUUUAGUUGUGAAAUUUUAAACAAAAUGUUUAUAAAAUAUUUUAUAUUAUUAAUAGUCCAAAUGCUGUUAUAUAAACCGGGGCGUGCAGAAUCUUGUGAUUUAGAAGAAUUCUAUAAAUAUUUCUUUGGUCAUAUUGAAAGUGUUAAGAAAUCGGUGGAGAUUUUAAAUGCUAGACUUGAUAUCAUAACAGAUAGACAUUUAGAAGCUAUUGUUCAAACUCCAAACUCAGAAAAACCUCUUGAUCCCGUACCCUAUAUACCAAAAGCCAUAUUUGAUAUACGUUAUGAUGAUAUGCCCAAACAUUGUGCUGCCACUAAACUACCCAGUAAUUGUGCCGAAGCUACCCAUUGCACCCGAUCUAGUGGUAUUUAUAAUAUUACCGUUAAACGUUAUAAUGAUCAAACAUUUCAAGCUUUCUGUGAUAAACAUAAUUUCGAAGGCGAUUGGUUGUAUAUAUUAAAACGUGUUGAUGGUUCUGAAAAUUUUAAUCGCCCCUGGUCGGACUAUGUUAAGGGAUUUGGUAAUGUGGGCGGUGAAUAUUGGUUGGGUUUGGAGCAUUUAAAUGCGCUCACCAAUUACAAUGGACCGCAAGAACUAAAUGUCUAUAUGGAAAAUUUUGAAGGACGUCAGGUCUUUGCUCGUUAUGAUAAUUUCGUUGUGGGCAAUGCUAGUGAGAAUUAUCGCUUGAAAUCAUUGGGUUGCUAUUGGGGCACGGCAGGUGAUAGUAUGUUUAAUCAAUUGGGCUGUCAAUUCAGUACACAUGACUUUGAUAAUGAUCAGUUGAAGGAUACAAAUUGCGCGGCCGCUCGUAAGGGAGGUUUUUGGUUUAAAGAUUGUGCUAAAGCCAAUCCUACGGGUCUUUAUUUGCGUGGUAAAUAUACAAAGCUGUAUGAAGGCUCCUACUGGCGUACCUUUGAUGGUGAAAACUAUUCGCAAAAAACUAUAAUUUUUAUGAUUAGACGACAAACUAGUGUUAAGUAUCUUUAAGUUGAAAAUUAACAUAAAAUUGUGUAAAAUUAUUUAUUAAAAAUCAUGUAAAAAUAUUUAAUAACAGCUAAGCUUUAAGUUUUGUAAAGCUUUUAAUCAAAUGUAUUCCUAGGUUAACUAUCUAUAUAGAUUUUCCAUUUUGUAGCCUUAGUAGAGCUUUAUUCUAACAUAUUUUAGCUGUAUAACUAAAGCUUUUGUAUACUUCCUGUUCAGUGGAAAUCUGAAAGCUUUUAUAUUUAAAGCGUCUAUAUUAAGUUUGCUGGAAGCUGUAAGCUUAAAUUUAACUGCAAUUUCAAAGCAGUUAAAUUUAAGUCUUAAAGCUUUAUAUUUCCAGUUUUGCUUGUAUUUCAGAGCUUUGUGUAAUUUGCCGUUUACUUGCAAUGUUAAAACUUGCAAUGUUAAAUUUCAAAUAUAAUAAGCUUUAUGAAAGAAUAUAGAGCUUUUGAAUUAAAGCUAAACUAGCAUAAUCAUAUGAAGCUUUAAAUUCCAAUCUUAAAAAGUAAUCAAUAAAAAACUGAAUUUUAUCUUUAAAUCUCUUUUUUAAGCUGAAAUUGAAAUACUCUAUGGCUGUAUAUAAAGCUUUAUAAUAAAACUCUAAUUUAGAAGCUUAAAUUAUCAAAACUUGUAAAGCUUUAAUAAAGAAUAAAUAUAUAAAGUUUUAUGCUUGUGUAAAAAGCUUUAUUAUAAAAUUCUUACAUUUAAGCUAUAUUUACUUAAAAGUAUUAAGUUUUAUCCAUACAGCAAAUUGCGAUUGCAUUGAGAUUAUAUGCAAAAAGCUUUGUAAAAGUGUAUAAAGCUCAAAAUUGAAAUUAAAUUGGGACAAUUGUAUUACACUUUAAGCUUCAAUGUCAGAACUUUAUUUGCAUUUAAUAAAGCAUUAUUUUAAGAACUUUGAUACUCCCUGUUUAGCUCAUAUAUAUUUAAGCUUAAUUUACUUAAAAGUAUUAAGCUUUAUCAAUGCAACAAGUUAUACUUUAGAUUAUACGCAAGAAACUUUGAGAAAGUGUAUAAAGUUUUGUAUAAAGCUCAAAACUGAAGCUAAACUGGGACAAUUGUAUUAAACUUUAAGCUUCAAUUUUAGAACUUGAUUUGCAUUUAAUAAAACAUUAUUUUUAGAACUUCCUGUUAAGCUGAAAUAAUAAAGCUUAUGGAUUGAAAAUGAACAGAAAUUCUAAUUGUUUGUAGAUAAAGCUUUUUGAUAAAACUCUAACAGCUAAACUUAAUAAUACGUUUUUAUCUAUGAAAAAAGUUGUGCUUAUGUAAAGCUUUUAAAUCUAAACUAUAAUUAUAUUUAAACUUUUUGAUGGUGUAAAAAGCUGUAAAAUUUAAGCUUAAUUCGUUUAAUUGAAUUAAGCUUCGAGUUUUUUAAUAAAGCGGAGCAUCUGUAAAGCUGUAAGUUUGCAGCUAAAUUGGGAA